AUGGCUGCCAAGACUGUGCUUCUGUUGGCUGGGCAAGUUGAUGAAUCCAACAUCAGGCACAUGUGCAUCAUGGGGAAGGAUGUUCUUGAGGUUAUUACUUAUAAAAGAGAGCGGGCAGUGAGAUUGUCAGAACAAUCAGCCGCUCGACUUAAAGUCUGGAAUUACCAUCUCGCUACACUUGUAGUCAUCAUUAUGUCCGUAGCCAAUACUGAGCCAGCGACCCCCGCCGACAAGAUCAAAUACCGCAUCUACAACCUAUACAACUUGAUUCACGAGAAUGUACAAAACGUUCAGGAUCCCACACGAGUGCAGUCCCCAGUGACGAAGAUGGGAGCGCCAAUUGCAGCAAAACCCGCUCUGACUCUGCGGGGGCAAAAGAGGGCCCUGCCGCCAACUCUCACGCCCCGGAACCACGAAGAGCGACCCAAGAGCAGUUUGGCUACGAAGAGGGUUUGUCGGCGGGCCAUCCAUGGCGGCAUCGACUUAGAUACAACUCAGAUCGAGUCUGGACGGCGGUAUGCCGGCGGUAUCGGCAAUGGUGGAUCCAACAAGUCCGGUAUUUCUCUACCAAUUGGCACCGACGAGAACAUAUCUUUUUUAGUUCGGAUGCCGACUUAA